CGUUCUUGCAUGAGCCAACGUUCUUAUCCUUGGACUAACAAACAUCCUUCACUAUAUUCUUGCGCGCUCUUCACUCAAAAUUUAUAUUGAUGCGUGUAGAUAUACGACUAGGAUCCUUUACAAGUCCCAGACAUUUCAGGGCUAUCAAAGUACGGCUGUACCCCACUUCCAGACCCCGCUUUAAGAUGCCACUCCAUCAAUUUCAAGAGCCUCCUCAGCUCCCAGUAGUCUUCAAUCAGACUCCUACAGGUCUGAUAGAUCUCACUCAGACUACCAUUGCAAUCUCACGAGCAACACUCGACGCCCUGGUCAGAAUCCCACCUUCCGAAGCCACGUUUGCAAAUUUCGUGCUUCCGUGGAUUCACGACCGCAACAAUCGCAUGAAGACCAGCUCUCUCACAGCUCUCUUCAAAUCUGUUUCUCCAUCCCAAGAGCUGAGAGAUGCAUCUAUUGAGUGCGUUAAGAUGUGGUCUGAGUUCGGCCAGGAGAUCGUGGCGAGGCCCGAGAUCUAUGUCCUGUUUCAGGCGGUGAAGGAGAAGGGCGAGGUGCUAGAUCAGGAGGAGCAGUAUUAUCUCGAUAGGAAAAUAUCACAACUGGUGAGGAGUGGUGCUGCACUUCAGGAAGGGCCGAUCAAGGAGAGGUUCCAGAUUGUUACGAAGAGAAUUGAUGACAUUGAGUCGGAGGGGGGCAAACGGAUUCGCCAAGAGAGUGGUGGGAUUUGGUUCACCGCUGAAGAGCUGGGGGGGUUCCCUCGCGAUGCUCUUGAGACUUUGAAGAAAGGAGAAGGAGAGAAUGAAGGGAAGUACAAGGUUACGUUUGGGACUGUUGAUCUGGACCUGGCUUCCAAAAACUGUGUUUGCUCGGACACAAGGAAGCGGAUGUUCUUCGGCAAUGAGAGCAAAUGUCCUGACAAUGUGCCGUUGUUUCAGGAGAUGAUCGAACUGAGAGCAGAGCAUGCUGAACUGCUUGGAUACAAAUAUCAUGCUGAUUUGGUGAUCCAAGAUCGGUUGAUGACGAUGGAAGGAGUGGCAGAUUUGUUGGUUGAUCUGCAGCAAAAGACAGCCCCUGCUUCAGAAUCGAGCAGGGACAAGUUACGAAAGCUCAAGAGGGAGCACCUAAUUUCACAAGAGAUCGCAGAAAUCGAUAUAGAUGACCGCUUGUAUCUAUGGGACCAGCUUUUCUACAUGAGAUUGAUGGAGGAACAAGAGAGCAGUCUAGACCAAAACAAAAUCGCAGAGUUCUUUCCUCUCCAAGAAACCAUUGAUGGACUGUUAACGAACUUCGAGACUCUAUUUGGAGUUGUGUUCAACGAGAUUUCGGAAGAUUCACGGAGGAUACUUAUGGAGAAACAAGGACAGGAUGCAUCUGCCAUAACCUGGCAUGAAGAUGUCGCGGCAUAUGCGGUCUGGAAUGAAGAAGCACUCGGAGGCGAUUUCUUGGGAUAUCUGUACCUUGACGUUUUAAAGCGGCAAGGAAAGAGAGACCAUGCUUGCUGCAUUACCUUCCAACCAGGAUUCGACACCAUUGACGGAGGGCAACAAUACCCCAGCGCUGUCCUCGUGAUGUCCAUUCAACGACCAACUCCAACCAAGCCUACACUAGUCAGACACCGCAACGUCGUAACCAUGUUCCAUGAACUGGGCCAUGGAAUCCAUUGCUUGGUUGGCAGAACCCGAUAUGGUGAAACCUAUGGCACCAAGACCUCUCGAGAUUUUGUCGAGAUCCCCAGUCGCAUGCUCGAGAAUUUCUGCUGGGAUCCCAUCAUCCUCCAGAACUUGUCCAAACACUACGCAUAUCUCUCUCCGGAAUACAUGGCAUCCUGGAAAGCCGAAAAUCCCAAGUUGUCGGAACCACCUGAGAAAGCACCACUUGAGCACUUAGAAAAGCUUGGUGCAAGUCGCAAAGUGACACUCGCGCCUCUGACGCAGAGACAAAUCGCAUUCGCUAAGUUUGACAUGGCGAUCCACUCUAUCUCGAACGAAGAAGCGAAAGCUAUGAACCCAGGCGAAACGUAUAAUCGCAUUCGCAAAGAAUGCACUGGUCUUCUCGGCCCUGAGAUCGAAAGUGGUGGCUUUGGAUGGGGCUGUGGACAUAGCAGAUUUUCGCACAUGUUUGGAGGGUAUGAUGCUGGGUACUACACUUAUGUCAUGUGAGUUUUCCUUCUAUCCUGUAGCUAAUCUAAGUGAGAGACGGUGAAUUGAUCAAGUGCAGAGCAUCUGUGUAUUCGAGCGACUUGUACCAGACACGAUUUGCGAAAGACCCACUGAAUGGAGAGGAAGGUCGCAGAUACAGAAAGUUGGUCCUGGGUAGAGGAGGAAGUCGUCCUGAGAUGGAAUGCUUGGAGGAAUAUCUUGGCCGAAAACCGAAUGGGGACGUUUUUGCGAAAGCUAUUGGAGCAUAAGUUGGGGUGGUGUGCCUCGCUUAGGAGAUGACCCGAUGCCGGACUUAGUAAACAUGCCCUUUUUAGCACAUCUAAAUCCACACGGUUACCUUGUAGCCCGGUCUAAUCCCUAGAUUAAGACUCUCG